CACGUCGAUGAGGAGGAGACUUAUGCCAAAAACCGCAACAACCUCUUCGUCAGUGUUGUUGCGGCGUUCAUUGAGUGAAAUCAUUGUGGUCACAUAAUGGCUUCAUUUGCAUAUUGUGGGAGGACACUCUUCCUCCGCUUUUCUCUCAUCGUCCUGGCUUUCUUCUCAGUGGACUCGGUGGCUGGACAGGCGUCGUCCUCGUCGUCGUCAGGGUCUCAUUACCGGGGGCGCUAUAUUGGACCAAUUACGGCUCAGAAGCACAAAGUCAGCGGAGAAGUGUACGCCGUCGACUCGAGGACGUUGCACAUUCGGGGAUUCACGUAUGAUGGGACGGGUCCAGACGCCUUUUUCUGGACGGGAUUCACCGAACAUCCCAGUUCUCAGGGGGUCAUAAUUCCGAACGAACGUGGCACGAAGGAAGUUUUGGGUGCGUAUAACAAUCAAGACAUUACCAUCUCGCUGCCAGAUGGGCUCACGCUUCGCGACAUCAAAUGGAUCGCAGUUUGGUGCCGGGCAUAUGAGGUAAAUUUUGGGGAUUUGUACAUUCCCCUCAAUUUGGACUACCCACAACCACACGUCGUCGGAUCGCUGGUGGGACAACAAGGCGUCACUUCCGGACCCAUUGUGGUCGUCGAUGCGCAGACAAUUCUCGUCCCUGAUUUCACCUAUGAUGGACAAGCACCAGAUUUGCAUUUCUGGGUGGGCCGUGGCGUCCCGGGACCGCAAGGGGUCCGCGUCCCGGACGAAACUGGGACGGAUGGCGCGUUACAAAAGGCAGAUAAAAAGACGAUGGUUCUCUCCCUCCCCGGGGACUUGACGGUGUUUGACGUGGACUAUUUCGGCGUCUGGUGUCGCCUUUAUUCCAUCGAUUUUGGUCAUGUCAGAAUCACCCCGGGGCUCAAUGUGCCCCCCUCGCUGAGAAUGUUGGGCGUUGCGCCGCAGAGCAAGUUGAAUUGCGAAGUGCUGCAUGAAGACGCGGCCUUUGAGAUUCGCUGGUCCGUGGUGGAAAGCGGGGAAACCAUUGUCUUCCAGCUCGUCGGACGACUCGAUAACGGGAAAUAUAUGGCGGUGGGCUUGUCUGGGGAAGAUGACCGGUCCGUGAUGCUGGGUGGAGACGCGAUGGUUGGCUAUUUUGACCAGGCAGCGCAACGUGGGAACGUGGUGGAUUAUCAUCUCGGGGGAAAGUCCGUCUGCCAGCAGAACAACAAAGGAGCCUGUCCCGACGUUCGAUUCAAGGAGGGAGCCAACAAUGUUCGGCUGCUAAGUGCGGCGUCCGUGAAUGGCUUUACGAUUCUCACGUUUCAGCGAAAACUGCAGCCUUUGGACGGACUGGACAAGAAGAUUCGGACGAACGAGAGCCAGCCCAUCAUUUGGGCGAUUGGCAACCUGAUGCCCGACAAUCUCGCGGGAUAUCACGAAAUUCGAAACCGAGACGACAUUUCCAUCGACUUUGGACGAUCGCCAAAGUGGAACUGUCCAGAACCAGAAAAAGAGCCCGAAUUUGUAUCCCCACCACCACCUCCUAGCCCAACUUUGACCACGACGGCGUCCCCACUGACCACUGUGGAACAGGACACGUCCGCCUCCCACCAGCAGCAGAAGGAGGACGUGACGAUAAUCCCCCCGGCCUGGCGAAUCCCACCAAUUCCAUGCUCAGAACCGGAUGAUGGCGUCUUUUAUCUCCACGUGGGACCGAUUGGACGACCCGAUAUUUUUAAGGGGGUCACAGGAAAAAAGGACCUUCCCGAAACCGUUUGGUACGUGAACGGGCUCCUCAUGCCGGAAAUUCAUCUCGUCCGAGGGAAAAACUACACUUUCGUGAUCCAGGGCGGGCCGGAUAACGGGUUUUACAUAACCGACAGUCAAACUGGGGACUAUCAACAUGCCCAAUUUGAUCCUUCUCGGCGACCCGGAAUAUUCGGCGGGGUUGAGUUGGACCCUCUGGGGAACGGUCGGCCCACCGCGCUGGGAAAAUUGUGUCGCUGGGUGGAAACCAAAACCGAGUCGCCCAACGCCUUCGCUUCCUACGCCGCGUACCAGCGAACCCUCUCGCUCGACUGCGCCAAGGGACAUUCCGGCAUUCUUUCCUUCACUCCGGAUAAAAGGACGCCAAAUCUUGUUUACUAUCAGUCCUUCUCUCGACCGAAUAUGGGAUGGAAAAUCCACAUCACGGACCACUGUGGCGCUGCCCCGACGAACGAGACGCCCCAAAUCCAGCACGUUAUCGACCAAAACAUCGGAGAAAGCAGCCGCGUCGAGGCAUUCUUUCCCCAGCAGCAGCAGCAACCAAACAUCGUCGCCUUGAGUGACAUGACACACCAAAUGAAUUCGCACAUCCCGCAGAACGCGUACAUCAUUGACACGACGACGAUGGAUGGUUCGGGAUCCUCCUUCCUGCCCCACUUCAUCUUCAAAGGCAAUAACAAGCUCGCGUCCCCACCACAAAGUCAAGCCGCACCUCCGCAACGGUACAACGGUAACGGGUUGACCUUCCCGUUCCCUCCACAAUCCGCGCCCGGAGUGUAUCAAAUAGCGGUUGACACCACGUCGCCCGACAAUCACCCCCACCGAUCACAACCCGGAUUUUCCCCACAAAUAGUGCCCGACACCCACUUUUUACGACGAAACGGUCCCCCACCACCACCACCCCCAACUAUGCAACCAUACCAGUACGCACCUCAAUCAGAGUCGAACUAUUUCCAAGGGGGGCCGACCCGUCCCCCACCCCCGCAGGUCCGGUACGAACCCCAGCAGCAGCAGUACAACAAUAAUCACCAGCAGUACCACCCCCACCCCCAGCAGCAGCAACCCGUCAUGUACGUGACCACAAUGGCGCCACAACAGCAGUACCACCACCAGUUCGUGACUACGAUGGGACCCCUGCCCCUCCUCCCCCCCAGCGGAGGUACGGCGGGAUGCAUGACGGUCCCCCAACUGGAAGACCCCAAGGUCCCCCCAGGAACCAGUUUCAACAUGAGAUGUAUCAUCCUCAAAUGGAUGCCCGGCUCAGCCCCGCCGCGCCCCCGGCUUGGGUACAUACGAGAAAUCUGCCGAAACGGGAGAAUUCGGGCAGUGGUGAUGUGACACCGUUCUUGAGACGGGGCGUUCUCCGGGAUAGAUUGAAACGGGUAGCACGUGGGUUUCGGGAGGAGGAAGAUGUCAAGGAGGAUGCCAAGGAAAACGCACCAAUAUCCGCCUCCCAAGCUGAUGAGAUGAAAAAUGGUCCCCUGCCCGUCUUCUUUUUCACCCCGGUUUUCCGUGCGUCGCCACCGGACCGGAUUUCGAACGGGUCGAUGUCGCCCGAAGAGGAGGGCGAAUUCGUAAAUCAGGUCCUUAAAAUGAGUACAAGAUCCUUUGUAGGCUUUAUACAUAUGUAUUUUGGUGCCUUGUUCAGCUCCCGGUUGUCCCCCCAAUGAUGCGGCAGUAUCAUCGCCACGUGACGACCAUGCCGCCAUUUUCCCUUCAGAAAAUGUACAAGCGUCCCAUGAAGAAGAAGAACAAUGCAUUGCGGGAACUUCUCCUCCUCCGAAAACCCAUG